AUGCUCGCCCCCGCGCACGUGCACCUCUCGGGGAUGUGGGUCAACGAGCUGAUGUCGACGAUGAACCUCACCGCGCACCCGUCCGGAUGGCUCAAUGGUUGGUACAACUCGGCCGUCGGCAACGCACAGAACAGCUACGCGCUCGCGGGGCGCUUCGACACCGCACCCCCGGGCGAGGCGAACUCGACGGGCAUCACGCUCGGGUGGGCCGUGGCGUACCAGAACAGCGACCGCAAUGCGCACUCGACGGCGGUGUGGAGCGGGCAGUUCUUCGCCGGGGCGAGUGAGUGGGAGGACGUCAUUAUGACGCAGUGGGUGCUCACGACGAGCUCGACGUUGGAGAACAACUGGGGCGCUGCGCGCGUCGGCGGGAACAAGUUCAUGCGCCAGCAGAGCGGGAGUGAAGUGGAGACGCAACAAGUCUUGGAAUGA